AUGGAACCAGUCGGUAAUACGGUUUCAUUUUGGAAUCCGUUUGACAGUACGUUGAUGUUCGAUUCCCCAAAAAAUCGUCGCGAUGUCUUUCAUAAAAGUACUUGUGAUGAUGGCGUGACUGAACUAGCGAAGUUAGUUGGUUGGGAAAGUGAUUUCCAAAGAUUUCUCCAAAAAGAGAGGAAAUUGAAUCCAAAAGAAACGGCAUCUUCGACCGAGAUUGUUGCUGGUUCAAAUGCAAGUUUAACACAGUUGAAGGUAGCUGCCACUUCCACUAAAGCAACAUCUUCAUCAGCAAAACCGACUAAUGAGACUAGGAAGAAAAGUAUUUCAUCAACAAAGCCAACUAACAUCACAACGAGGAAUGCUUCACCUACGAAAGCAGCAGCUGCUGCAUCUUCGAAGAAGCUUCCGACUUCGACAAAGAUAACUGCUGCUGUUGCUGCUUCUUCGAAGUCUCAAAAUUUCGCCUCAACCAAAAAGACAUAG